GUUAUAGAUUGUUUCGCUAUUAUCUAAGCGGUUAAAAUAUUAGGACAUUUGACAUUUUGCUGCUAAGAAUGGCUAAUCAUAGCUUAGAUAAUAGUUUAUUAAAAGUCCCUAUAUCAACGGGAUUUAGAAGACUUUUCUAUAUCGUAAAGCCCAGCGAGAGUUCAUUCGCAAAGGAAGCUGAAGUUCCAAACUAUGUAGACGAGGCUAUUCCAUUCUUUUUCACUCUAAUCAUUCUGGAGAAUUGUCUCAAUUGGUGGCAUGGUAAGAAAACUUGGAGAAUAAACGAUGCUGUCUCUUCUGUAUCAUCUGGAAUGGUUAGCCAAUUACCUCUUCUAUUUGGAAGAUCUAUUGAAGUUGCGGCCUAUUGCUAUGUUUAUCAUAAUUUUCGAAUUAAAGAAUUGGAUUGGAAUUGUGCAACAACUUGGUGGAUUGCUGCCAUAGUUGUUGAUUGCGGUUAUUACUGGUUUCAUAGAGCUGCUCAUGAAAUCAAUUUAUUCUGGGCCGGCCAUCAGGUACAUCACAGCUCUCAAGAUUAUAACUUGGCUACAGCUCUAAGGCAAUCUAUUCUGCAAAGAUACACUUCAUGGAUGUUUUACUUGCCUAUGGCACUUUUUGUUCCGCCUCAGGUUUUCAUGGUUCAUAUACAAUUCAAUCUUCUUUAUCAAUUCUGGAUUCAUACUGAACUAGUUGAAAACUUAGGACCACUUGAAUAUAUUUUCAAUACACCAAGUCAUCAUAGAGUUCAUCACGGAAGAAAUCCAUAUUGUAUUGAUAAAAAUUAUGCAGGAACUUUAAUAAUUUGGGAUAGAAUGUUUGGAACAUUUCAACCGGAAACUGAACAAGUAGAAUACGGUUUGGUUCAUCCAUUGCAAACAUGGAAUCCUAUAGAAAUACAAAUUUGCCAUUUGAAAUGGAUAUGGCAAAGAUUUAAUGAAGAAAAAACCAUUAGUGAUAAAUUAUCAGCAUUGUUUAAGGGACCAGGAUGGCAAAGAGGAACACCACGAUUAGGAAAUCAUGAAGAUUUACCAGAAGUCGAAUAUCCAGUAAAAUGUUAUGAUUCAAGUAUAUCACCGAUGUAUAGUAUUUACAUACUCGUUCAUUUCCUCAUUUUGAAUAUAACUUACACGGAAAUGGUUCAAUUUCGAGCUGGGUUGACACCUGUUCAAGUAACACUGGCUAUAGUAUUUAUCCUCUUUUCACUGACAACAUUUGGCUGCCUUAACGAUCGAAGAUCAUACGCUCCUUACUUAGAAACUGUAAGAUUAUUAGUUCUUCUAGGUUUAUUCUUUCACUUUGAUCCUGAAAAUAAUUUACCAUCUAAUACUGGAAUAUACUUUGAUGAGAAGCUUAAAGCUAAAACAGCUUAA